GGGACCAAACGGAAGCACCCUCCAUCCUCCAUCACUUGCUUUCUCUUUUGUUCCUCCCAGGUGUCCCCCUCCAAUCCCAUCACCAUGGAAAUCCCYCCCAAAAGUCCUGAUGGGAGCGAGAAGUCCCCGCAGUCCAAGGAGCUGAUCACCAGUAACACAACCAGCACCCUGUGCAUGAGCUCCCGCAGCGAGUCCGUGUGGACCAGCACCUCCAGGGGCAAGUGGGACAUUUACCGCAAGCCCAUCAUCGUSGUGUCCGUGGGAGCAGCCAUUUUCCUCUUUGGGAUGAUCAUCACCAGCCUGCCCUGCUUCCUGACCGAGUACAAAGACGUUUAUAAAAUGUGUGGGCCAGCUUUCCUGUCCCUGGGGCUGAUGCUCCUGGUCUGUGGCCUGGUCUGGAUCCCCAUCAUCCGCAAGAAGCAGAAGCAGAGGCAGAAGUCCCAGUUCCUACAGAGCCUCAAGUCCUUCUUCUUCAACCGCUGAGGUCAGCCAGGACCUUCCCCAGAGGGUUCCACUCCUCUCCACCAACCUGUGCUGAUCACCAUGAAAACAAACAUGUUCUUGUACUCCCUAGAGGAUUUCAUCCCAGUCAGCCUCUUCCCUACAUGGUCUCAGGUGUGAAAACGAACUUUGUAUUUCAUCCAAGUCAUCCCAGGAAAAAAAGAGCAGGAUUUUUCAACUGAGCCCAGCAAGGCAGAUCCAAGCUCUCUGCAUCGCCUUCCUGUCCAAAGAGUGA